CGACGCCAUUCAAAAUCAACGACAAUUCUUACUUCUCUGAAGCUCCCUUCUUUGAGGACGUGUAUUUAGCAAUCAUUCGACACAAACGCUGUGUGCAUCUGCAGAUCAACCUGUGAGUCAAGCAUAUCUCCUUCUCCUGGUUUGUUCUCUUCGCAUUUCAAACAGAAACGAGCACGGUCAAGACAAACCAAAGUAAAAAGGGCGAAGAGAGUUGACGCAAUGAAAUGUCUGGUGCGAACAUCAACUCCACUUGUCAAAUUUUCUCCACUCCACAACCAUCCAUAUCGUUUUGCAGAUGUUGUAGCGUUGAAUCAUGUCCCUACCGUACAACAUGCAUGAAUAUGUUAAGCAGGACUACGACCAUCGCCGGGCACUCUUCCUCGUUCUCUUGUCCGUCUUCGUAGCCAUGACAGCGUAUUUCAUGGUCACUGGUUCUUUUCUAAUCAACUCGGAUAGACAGCAGACGAAGACGACGAAAGAGCGUUCGCGGCAUCUAUGGAAGGACGCCAGCGGCCUUGACAGUGAUGUAGGAAGUGAUUUUGGAAGUAAUUUGGGGAGUGACCUAGGCUCAGAUCCCGAGCCUGAUUACCAUACACAGUCCGCAAAUACUUUUUUACAUAAGGACUUCCAGUCGGAAUCAGAAAACAAGGGGAGUCCAGUCAAAAUCAUUACCGGAGAUCACGAGCACGACGAGAUACCCAGCCCCCAAAAUGAGGCUGGGAUAAACGAUACAGCCUACUUCUUGAGGGAAUCUCAUAACAGCUCAACAAAAAAAGGCACAUUACGCGCUACUAUUCAGCGACGAGCCGAUUGGAAAUUACACAAUCCCACGGAGGACGAGGAGGAUAACGAAACAGAGCUCGUUGGUUCAGGUCCAACGCGCGAUAUUCCAACAGAUCCAAACGCGCCCCAGCGAAGACGGCUGAUUGGACUUGGUCGAACUCGAAAAGAAGUCCAGGGUUAGCAGAUAGUCAGCUAUGUUGAGAGGGUAGAGAACACAUGCGCGAUCGAAAGGAAGAAAUCAUAAACAUAACAAGCUUACUGAUCAUCAUGCUAUCAACAAAUUCCAUGGCAUUAGUCCAGAGUUGAAGGGUUCCAAUGUCAUUACGUCUGCU